UCAGGCCGAGAGGGGAUGCGCUCUCCAGUGAGUGGUGGUAAUUGCAGGGUUUUGGCACUGGUUUCCAGCGCUGAUGAUGAUGUCAGACAGAGGCUGGGUCAUGUGAAGGGCAGCAGAGAGAGGAGGUUCACGGAGAGUUCAUCCGCAUACAUUAGGUAACUCCGCUCCUUGUGUGACAUAACUGCUACGAGACAGGUUGAGUUGAGACAUUUAUCAAUAAAGAGAUGAGAUUAAGAAGUCAUGCAACAAACUUUGUUAUGCUAAACAGCCUCCAGAACCUGAUGCGUUGAGCCGCCGGGGCUUCAAUCCGCUGGCUGCGCGCCAACAAACGCAGUUUAUGAGCGGCUGUGGGAAAUUAAAGGUCUUUUCCUGCGCUCACACGCCCCUCCGGACCUGCUUCUGCAUGCGUCGCAGUUCAAAUACCUGACUUUAACGCAGGAAAGGCGCGCAAACGGCAGAGGAGAGGAAAAGUCGCGCGUUUGGAGACGUGGUUUUCCAUGCUGAGCGCAUCUCCGGGCGGACUCCGCAGAGAGAACUGGUCAUGUUUGACUUCAUGGAAUUUCACGUCUUCGGUCCAGGAGAACUACUAGACUUCUACUCGACUUCCAGUCCUGCUUGCGCGCUGCAGGACCAGGACCUGGACCCAGACCAGGACCAGGGUUUGGCAGCUUUCUUUCCGGAGCUGAUUGAGUCCGAUUGGCAAGAGCAUCGGUGCUCACAAUUGGAAACCCACAGCUCCAACUCCAGCUCCAGCUCAGACGACCUGUUUGCCAGUCCGCCCUCGCCCCCGCCACCCCCACGCACGUACAAGCCGUGUUUUGUGUGUCAGGACAAAUCCUCGGGAUACCACUAUGGAGUCAGCGCCUGUGAAGGCUGCAAGGGCUUUUUCCGACGCAGUGUGCAGAAGAACAUGGUGUACACUUGUCACCGUGACAGAAAGUGCAUCAUCAACAAGAUCACCAGGAAUCGAUGCCAGUAUUGCCGCUUGCAGAAGUGCUUCGCUGUGGGAAUGUCCAAAGAGUCGGUGAGAAAUGACAGAAACAAGCGAAAGGGGACGAAGGAAGCGGUGAAUAUGACCAUCAUGGAGACGUACGAAUUGACAUCGGAGCUGGGCCUGGUUGUGGAGAAGAUCUGCAGGGCUCACAGGGAAACCUUCCCCUCCCUCUGCCAGCUGGGAAAAUACACCACUAACUCCAGCUCGGACCACAGGAUCCAGCUGGACCUGGGCCUGUGGGACAAGUUCAGCGAGCUUGCCACCAAGUGCAUCAUCAAGGUGGUGGAAUUUGCUAAGCGGGUGCCGGGCUUCACGGGCCUGACCAUCGCCGACCAGAUCACUCUGCUCAAAGCCGCCUGCCUCGACAUCCUGAUCUUGAGGAUUAGCACACGCUACACUCCCGACCAGGACACCAUGACCUUCUCUGACGGCCUGACUUUGACCCGGACUCAGAUCCACAACGCAGGCUUUGGACCGCUGACAGACCAGGUGUUCACGUUUGCUGGGCAGCUGCUGCCUUUAGAGAUGGACGAGACAGAAAGCGGGCUCCUCAGCGCCAUCUGCCUCGUCUCUGGAGACCGGCAGGACCUGGAGGAGCCGUCUAAAGUGGAGGUGCUGCAGGAGCCGCUUCUGGAGGCGCUAAAGAUCUACUCACGUAGACGGAGACCCAGCAUGCCCCUCAUGUUCCCCAAGGCCCUGAUGAAGAUCACAGACCUUCGCACCAUCAGCGCUAAAGGAGCUGAGCGAGUGGUGACGCUAAAGAUGGAGAUCCCCGGCUCCAUGCCUCCGCUGAUCGAGGAGAUGCUGGAGGACCUGCAGAACUUCCAGAACAGUCAGCAAACCCGCGUCAUCUCCUCUCACCACAUAAACCGCUCUAGUGUCUCCUUCUGAAGCUGCGCCCAGAACUUUCCUAUUAUCUGAAAGAGAUUACUAACUUUAUCAAGUGCAGUUCAGAGGGUCACUAGUCUCUUACCUUCGUUAAUGUUCAGUGAACUUUGAAAGCCAGGUCUGCAGAGAUUCAGUCGUCAUGGCAACAGCAUCACCGACAGAGUAAAAGUUAGCUUCUAGGAGAUCAGAUCCUGCUUCAGAGGGGAAAAUAAGUAGGAUGCAGUAAAUAUCUGAGAUUCACUCUCAGCCUUUGUUUACCAUAUCUGGCUCUUUCUGUAUUUGAAACUGCAUGAGUUUUUCAUUUUACCUCAUUAAAUAACACCUUUUGGCAUUAAUUUAGAAUUUAUUGUUUUUGUAAAAUGUCAAGUGUGACGGAAAGAAUUUUUUUUUUUCAAAAGUGGUUUAUGACUGGAUGUAAGCUUGUUGGUUGUGAGAUUAUUUACUGGAUGUCUGUUUGAUCAAAAUCCAGAAUGAAAUAAUCCUAAAACAGGUAGUAAGCUUGUGAUAAUUCACCUCUUUGUCUUUUUUUAGAUUUUAAAUGAAAAGAUUUAAUUCCAUAUUAUAAUAAAGCAUUGUUGUUAGAGAUGUUUUAAAGCAAACAUAUACUUUUUCUUCUUUUUUAAAUUUUAAAUGAGGAUUGUAUAAACUUUUAUCAGAUGAUUGUGUUUAGUCGUCUGUGGCUUCGUCUUCCUCCACCCUUUCCCAGAUCCUUCCAGUAGCACCACCAUCCGGUUGCUUUUUUGUAAUUGUCAAAGCUGCAAAAACUGAAGAGAUUGUCGCUGGUCUGAGCUGUUUCUCGUGUUAACGCUGAGUGUGGUGUUGUAGUUUUGAGUGUGUUGGACUACAGACAAAAACCUGACAUUAAAGUAAAAAAAAAACAAGUUUUAAGUUUAGAUCCGACACUUGAAAGGGAACCAAUUAGUCUAAACAGGAAGUGAUGAACACUCACAUGUGCCUAUUCUCAUUAGAAAUGUGCCAACGUUUCCUAAAACUGCUAGUUAACCCCCCUCACCCCACCCUUUAAUUCUCCAGCACAUGUGAUGUCCACGUCCACGCCACAGAGUGACUGCUGUAUGUACAUAUAUGGUCAUCUUUCUUUGUGAUGUCAUUAAACAUUCCACAUGUUUUUAUUUGUCUAUUAAAAUUGUGGUUUAUUGAAUUUCACCAAA